AUGCCUCAUGGUCAGAGGAACCCAAACAGCAAGCUUGAGGGAGGCUAUCCUGACCAGAGUGCUGCACAGAUCCUCAUGGGAAAACAAGAUCUCAAGGAUAAGGAGAAUGGAGCAUCCACUGUUUCCUCUGCAUCCUCUUCCUCCCACACUGCAAUUGGAACCACACCACAGGAAGAGCCUGGGGCUGAAACACAAAGUUGUCCUAAGAAUCCUCAGGGUGUCUUUACCACCUCCACUGCCGUGGCUUCCAGUCUAAGGAGCCAAUCCAGUGAAGGUGGUAUCAGAACCCUCAGGCCAGAUCCAGAGGGUUCGUGCUCCUCACAGGACAUUAAGGUCACUCAGAUCCCACACCAUGUGGUCCCAAAUGACAAGUUGGAUAAUUUGGUGCGAUUUCUGCUCUGUAAAUAUAAAAAAAAAGAGCAGAUCACCGUGGAAGAAAUGAUACAUACUGUGGACCAGGAUUAUCGUAAGCAUUUUCUUCUGAUUUUCAAGAAAAUAUGUGUUUGCAUUUGUCCAGGGUUUGGCAUUGAGGUGAGGGAAGUGGUUCCCCCUGGUCAUACAUUUGUCCUUGUCCCCAUCUUGGGACUCACUUAUGAUGGCAUACUGGAUGAUGAUGAUGAUGAUGAGGUCAUUCCAAAAGUCGACCUACUGAUAUUCAUGCUGAGUGUAAUCUUCAUAAAGGGCAACCGGCUCAGGGAGGAGGACUUAAAGGAACUACUGAGAAGUAGGCAGUUAUUAAAUGAGCAGAAGCACGCAGUGGUUAGGGACCCCUGGAAAUUCAUCAGAGAGGAUUUGGUUCAGGCAGAGUACCUGGUGUACCAGCAGGUUCCUAACAGUGAUCCUGCUCAGUAUGAGUUCCUGUGGGGUCCGAGGGCUCACGCUGAAACCACCAAGAUGAAAGUCCUGGAGCAUGUGGCCCAGCUUCAGAAGGCUUCUCCUCGGUCUUACCCACGUCUAUAUGUGGAGGCUUCAAGAGAGGAAGAAGAUAAAAUCAGGGUCAUUGAGGGGCAAGAAGUAUGA